AAUGUGAUGGGUGCUCCCUUUCGACCUUAUCGGCGGUUUCCGUCUCUAUCUGUUGGUGUUAUUCCUCUUUGCCCUUGUUUUUGGACUUUUGAAAUUCGUGCCUUCAUGCAAGUUGAGGUAGUACUGCAGUGCCGGUGCGAUUUUUUGGGAUUGUUUAGAUCGUUCAAGGUGAAGAAGGUGAGCAAGAGAUUUGUAAGCGAUUAUCGUUGUUUCCUCGAGAAGUUCAAUAUGAGGAACUUGAGUGGUCGCCAGGAGCUUACGAAGAGUUGAAGGGAGGUGAUCGAAGUUUAUAUAUCAUAAGCCUGCGUCAGGACUUAGUACUUUUCUCACGGGGAAAAACCCUGGAACUCACGCAUCUUCUAUCGCUAUCAUGGAGAACUCUAUGGAUUUCAACAGAUUGUGUCCUUAGGAACAAGCAGGAAGAAAAUCCCGUGUGAGCUCCUAUAGUUUUCAUAUUAUUUGGAAAGGAAGCUGUCGGCAUUUUAGGCUUUCACAGCUUCAAAAUUUUAAACGAUUUCCCGCAUAGCACCUUCUAAAUAUUGAUUAGAGACAAUCCGGAGCCUUCGAUUGCAGAGGUUUCUGCAGGGUUUAUCGACAAGUUUUUUUCUAGAGGUUCCUUGAGCGAGUACCCGAUGACUGUUAAAGCGGACAUUUCAAUCCAGGAUGGCCAUUUGCUGGUCUAUGGAGAACCUUUACUCAGGAACAUCCCAUCCAACGUGCACUUCAUCGGUGAUCCUAAUCUACACGGGGGCUUCCUGGGAGCCUCAUUUCCAGAGAGCAACAGCUUUCACGUGGUUCCACUCGGUGUUCUCCAGAAUAUCCGUUUCUUGUGUUGCUUCCGCUUCAAGCUGUGGUGGAUGACACAGAGAAUGGGUUCUUGUGGACGGGAGGUUCCACAUGAGACACAAUUCAUGCUCUUGGAAGGACCUUCAGAGAACUUCACUGUCUUGCUGCCAAUCAUAGAUGGCGCAUUUCGGGCUUGUCUUCUUGGCAAUACUGAGAACUUUCUUCAAUUGUGUGUUGAAAGUGGAGACCCCGCUGUCACCACAAAUUGUUCGUUAAAUGCAAUUUAUGUGAAUGUGGGUACUAACCCUUUUGAGGUUAUCUCAGAGGCAGUAAGAGCUGUGGAAGGACACUUGGAGACAUUCGUUCAUCGUGAAAAUAAGCAGAUGCCAGGAAUUUUGGACUAUUUUGGUUGGUGUACAUGGGACGCUUUCUAUACAGAUGUUUCUGCGGAGGGCGUCAAGCAGGGAUUGUCAAGUCUGGCAGGAGGUGGAACACCAGCUCGGUUUCUGAUCAUUGAUGAUGGCUGGCAAUCCAUUGCGGAGGACAACAGAUCACCAGAAGAGGCUGCAGCUGUUACUCAAGGCCCCCAGUAUGCAAGUAGGCUCACACAUAUCAGGGAAAAUCACAAGUUUCAGAAGGAUGGUGUACCAGGUUUGUGGCCUGAAGAUCAAAGUCUAGGACUUCAACACACUGUUCUUGAUGCAAAAACCAAUUUCAAUCUCAAGUACGUGUACGUGUGGCAUGCGCUGGCUGGAUAUUGGGGAGGAGUCCAACCUGGAGGAUUGAAUACCAAGAACUAUAAUUCAAGCCUUGUAUAUCCCGUACACUCCCCAGGCGUGUUGGAUAAUCAGCCUGAUAUGUCCGUUGACAGUCUCACUGUGAAUGGCUUGGGCUUAGUUAACCCAAAGGAGUUUUUUACUUUCUAUGAUGAGCUUCACCGCUACCUAGCUGCCGCUGGUGUGGAUGGUGUCAAGGUUGACGUACAAAAUAUUUUUGAGACGUUAAGUGCAGGACUUGGUGGCCGUGUGCAGCUCGUGCAGCAAGUUCAUGAAGCUUUAGAGGCUUCUAUAGCUCGCAAUUUCCCAGAAAAUGGGUGCAUUAGCUGCAUGAGCCAUAGUACUGACAACCUUUACUACUCAAAGCGAACCGCUGUAGUGCGAGCAUCAGAUGAUUUUUGGCCAAGAGACCCAGCUUCUCAUACUAUUCAUAUUGCAUCAGUUGCAUAUAACACCUUGUUUCUUUCAGAAUUUAUGCAGCCAGACUGGGACAUGUUCCAUAGUCUGCACCCGGCAGCAGAGUACCAUGCGGCUGCCCGUGCUAUAGGAGGAUGUGCAGUUUAUGUUAGCGACAAACCUGGAAACCACGACUUUGAUCUAUUAAAGAAACUGGUGUUGCCUGAUGGAACGGUGUUGCGAGCUUUGCUUCCAGGCCGCCCCACUCGUGACUGUCUAUUUUCUGAUCCUUCUAGGGAUGGUAAAAGUUUGCUUAAGAUUUGGAACAUGAACAAGUGUGGAGGAGUAAUAGGCAUCUUCAACUGCCAAGGAGCAGGAUGGUGUAAGUUGGACAAGAAGUAUAUGAUCCAUGAUGUCGACCCGGAUCCGAUCUCAGGCAGUGUUCGUUCUGCUGAUAUUGAGCGUUUGGGUGACGCAGCACCAGAUGGGUGGGAUGGUGAUUGCAUCGUUCUUAGUCAUCGAACUUGUGAGCUUAUCAGGAUUCCUCGCAACGCAGCAUUGCCCAUAACGUUACGGAAGUUGGAGUAUGAGUUGUUCACAGUUACACCUGUGAAGAAUGUGGAUGCCCAGCUGUGUUUUGCACCUCUGGGUUUGAUCAAGAUGUUCAACUCGGGGGGAGCAUUAAGAGGACUUGAGUAUGACACCCAAGGCAGAACUGUAACCAUGCAAGUGCAUGGAUGCGGAACGUUGGGGGUCUAUGCUUCACAAAGACCGCAAAGUUGUAUCCUUGAUGACUCCAUAGACAUCGCCAUUAGCUACGAUCGUAGCUCAGGUCUGAUUUCGGUGUCUCUUCCUCAAUCAGAUGAAGGUCACUUGUGGUCCGUUCGUAUGAGGUUUUAGGUUUUAGGAAUCAAGCAUUGGGUAUGACUUGUGUUUUAGAAAAUUCGUAAUAAUUUAAAACUACCAAUGGUAAUCCAUCCUUUACCUACAUCAAAAUUUCCGUCGUUCUUUUGAUUAUUCUUCAUUUUAUUAAAAUAUAUUCAAAAAAAUUGUACCGAGUUUUUAUUUCA